CAGAGGGUUCGAUUGUCCUCAAGGUCCAGCGGUUUCAGCUAAUAAACCAGUUCCUCUCUCGCCCAACGUACCAAAAUCUUACUCUCGACCCGCCUCCUCACUCCCGCGAAUUCAUUAUGCUAGAUGAUACUAUCGACGUUGUCCCCGAAGAAUUGAUUGAGCGCCUAACAGACAUUACUGUCUAUUUCGACUAUGCCUUCAGGAGCUCUGUACAACUCCCUAGCGAUCGAUCAACAGACAGCCUCUCUCCAAACGAGCAUAUUGUACGUCGGGUCUAUAACCAGAAUACAGGUAUCCGGCCUAUCUUUAAGACCCACCCGAUCCGCGGCGAACUUGAGCUUGAGGUCUAUCCUUGGGUAUCUCGAUGGCUUCGGGCUCUUCCGUAACAUGCACCGUACUAUUAUGGGCUUCUAUCUUCUCCUGGCCUGCCUUGUCCAAGCCGAGCGGAAUAUUCCGGCCAAUGUAUUUCCACUGACUUUGGGCCCUCACGGUAGCAACUUUGACGACGUCGUCGACGCCCUAGAGUUGAUGCAAAGACUGGAUAGGGGCGUUGAUAUGGAUAUCAACGGCAAGACAUACUUCGUAUGUAUUCCCUUCCUUGCAUUCAUCGGUGAUAUGCCGCAGCAACAGCUAAAUGGAGGGUUCCUGGGGCCGACCGCAAAUUUCAACUGCCGUUUCUGUACCAUCGACGCUCCUCGACGAGGCAACCUGGACUUUAAUAUCGUCCACAGUGGUCGGUACCAUUUCGAAGUCAUGCGUCAACGCCAGCAUAUGGAUUCGGUCUGGCAAAAGACGCACCACGAGGCAUUCGCCAGAGCCAACGGCAUGCGUGUCGAAUUCCCUGCCUUGAAGAAGCUGGCCCCUUGCAAUCCUAUUAAUAUUGAUUGCCCUGGUGAUAUGGCGCACUCCGAAGCAGGUGGUAUUACGGAGCUGUUACACUUGGCUAUACUUGACCAAGUACUAACCCCCCAAGCGGCUAUUGGAUAUACGCAGAAAGUACGCUCGUUCCCAUUUCCACCAGGAUGGAACCGCAUUCAGUCGCCGCUAUUUUAUAUCGGCUCCUAUACGCUCCAAGAGCACGCUCGCUGGUCUGUUAUUAUACCCGUUCUCUUCCGCCUUUGGCUGCGUGCCUCGCAUAUCAAGCCGACCUUUCUCCAGGAGGCACAUAUUGUCUUUAGCACCGAGGUCCUUGAGCUGGCCGCUGUGGAAAACCCCAAGCUCCCUACCAAUGACCAUAUCGUUACUAUUCUGGUCAAGGCUGUUGCAUCAGUGGCAAAGGUAAAUACUCUCCUCUCCGCCGCCUAUCUGACUACCGCGGAGCGCGCAUCCCUACAUAUGGAGAUUACGGCGUCUCGCUCUAUGUUCCAACGGCUCUGCGAAGUGGCCUCUCGUGCUGCGGCAAUUCAGACCAGGGCAUUCUCUCGUGUUGGUUCUCGUACAGGAUCCGUUGAGCCAGGUUCGUCGACGCAGCCAACGCAGACCCCUAUGUCUAUCAUUACUGCCUCUACAACUCCAGUAGCCAUCACCAAGAAAGAGGCUGCGUCGACCAAAAACAAGGCGGCGGGAUACAGGAACAAUAUCAGUCGCCCCAAUGUCCAUGCUGCCCUUCACUACCCACUGGUACAGGACCAGUAUGCACUCGUCUCUAACGUCCAUGCUCUUGGUGGUGAGCUGAAGCAUCGAUCCUAUAAGAAGAACAUCCUUAGGACGAAUAAGAAGCACCCUGAGAAGGAUCUCCUUGAAAUUGAGAGCUUUACCAUGACGCUCCGCUUCUUACUCCAUGGGAGUUUCCAGGUCACGCAUCCCGCCCUUAGUGCCCAGUUCCAAAACCUCCGUGUACGUUGUCCCCAGUUGUUUACCUCCCUGAUGCCUCACGCUACGAUCGCUCAGCUCCAAGUGGUCCCUGGAGCUACCGGAGCUGGGGAGUUGGACGCAGACCAUGAUAUCUCCCUGGCUACCAGGGAGGACGAUACGCAUCGUCAACCGUCUGUGCUUGGUCGGAUUCCUAACAAGUACGUAGAGCAGACACUCCAGCUCCCAGUGUCUGUCUCUAAGUUCUCCGCCGGGUUUCGCGCCAAACUUUUCCGGUCGUAUAGUGCCGACUACAAGAUGCCUGUCAACCAUCCUGGCACCCGUCGACUUCGUUGGUGGAAGAAGGUAUCGUUUGUCUUCUGCUUAUAGGAGAUCUGAGCAGCGUAUCACUCUAAGCCGUGGCCAUUACGUAGAGUAUGACAGUGGUAUGCUUGGUCGUAUCGACCAGAUCUUUAUCCAUGAGGCCCUGAAAGGUAAGCAGCCUCCCUCUUGGCCCGAGUUUACUGCUAAUAUCCCUAGAUAACUGCCGCAUAUUCUUCCUCAUUACUCCCGCCGUUCCAUUCGAACCGUUACGUCAAGAUCGCGUCUUUAAUUAUCCCCUCUUCGAGCUCAG